AGUCCGUUUGAAACUACCGAACGAGGAGGUUAAGCCGAACGCCGUUUGGAAAAAACAUCGCGUUAAUACUAUGAAAUAAACAUUUUCAUAUAAAUAAUUAAUAAAUUAGAUAUAGCAGUGGAUUGUGUUAUAUUUAAUUCGUCGGUUGUGUUGUGAUGAAAAUUAUAUAUAUUCUAUCAUAGUUUUGUGAACUAUAUAUACAGUUACAUUAAUUUUGGAAUACGCUUUUUCAUAUAAGAAGAAACAGUUUAAAGAAAGAUCUGUCGCAUUCAACGAAAACAUGUGACAUCCGCUGUCGCCGGCGGUCAGAUUCAAAGACGAAAUUCACGACGGGAAUGAUAUUGAGUAUAUUAUUGAAACUUGGUAUGCCCCCUAGAGUCUAACUGUCAGCCUUCGGGGAAUUUUCCUUUUUCCACAAUUACUAUGAAACACCAACCCCAUCUACCGGCUGUUGCCGUUAUAUUUUUGAUUUUCCUACAAGUCGGAGUCAUAUGCAAUCAAGAUGGCGCUUUACUCGAAGAGCAAUCCACGCCGAAACCCACGCCCGAGCAAGACGAAUCGCUUCUUCUCAAUUCGGACCUUCCAAUUUUCUUAGCGGAACCCCAGAACGCGUUCGUGGUAAAAGGUCGUCCGGCUACGUUACAAUGUCGCGCCGCGCACGCGCUUAGUCUCUAUUUCAAAUGCAACGGCGCCAAGAAAAUAGAAACCGUCGAAAAUUGGUUCGUAGAUCCUCAAAACGGCGUGCGGAUUUUUGAGGCCGAUGCGAACGUUACCAGAAAAAUGGUCGAAGAAUUUUUCGGUAAAGAAAAAUUCAAGUGCGAGUGUUAUGCUUGGAGCGGAAAAGGAAGUAUCAAAAGUCAACCUGCUACUGUCGAAAUUGCGUACCUCAAAAGGCAAUUCGAAGCAAAUCCCGAGUCGACUUAUAUGGUGGAACUCGGCCAUCAGGUAGAUCUGAAAUGUGUGGCACCUGCUGGAAUGCCACCUCCCAGAGUUUAUUGGCUGAGAGGUGGUCAGAUUUUACAAUCCGAUACCGAUGUAUUGGUCACCAGCGAAGGGCAUCUUCUAAUAGGACAGGCUCGUGCCCAAGACACCGGAAAUUACACCUGCGUCGCUGAAAAUAUAGCUGCGAAAAGAAUGGCGCCGACAUCGCAAAUUCUUGUUUUCGUGAAUGGGGGAUGGUCUUCUUGGUCUUCGUGGCAGGAUUGUCGUUGUCCCGGAGCAACCCUCGCAGCUGGAAAGAUGAGUACGAGAACUUGUACGAAUCCCGCCCCAAGUAACGGAGGUAAAACUUGUCAAGGAUCCGCUAUUAGAAGAACAAAAGAUUGUAUUCCUUGUCCACAAGAAGAGCUCGUGCUGGACAAUGCUUACGACUAUGAUACUAGCGAUAAUGCGUACGUUGAUCCUGCUAGAUGGUCCGCUUGGACGGAAUGGUCAGAAUGCAACCAGGAUUGUAAUAAAAUUAGGAAAAGGGAAUGUAUUCCUAGUUCCGAAGGAAGAAAAACUUGUUCAGGAAAAGAUACGCAAAGUAUGAAAUGCACCACGGAUCAAUGCAGAUCAGUUGAGCUCACCAAAGUUAGAGAAGCUAAUAUCCAGAACACGCAAAACGAUAUUCUGCUCUACAUCGGACUCACAGUUGCCAUUUUCCUGGUUUGUUUUCUAUCGUUUUUCGUUAUCAAAAUAUAUAGAAAAAAAGGACAACAUCAAAGUCUAUACAACAUGGCAUCUAACGAUUACCAUCCGGAGUUUUUUCCCGAUCCAGAUAAGAAAUCACUAACGCUACAACCGGACGUUACUCAAACCGUUCCACCGUGCUACGAAUACCCUUACACGAACCCAGCGUCGUCGGUAACACGUUCCGUUUCAGAACACCAUUACGACGUACCUCAUUUAACUUCCGGAAGCGAUAUCCAAAUGUCACCGGCGACCAGUUCGACUCUGGAAUCCUCCAGCGGCAAGAGGAGUCAACUCAGCGGUUUUACCAAUAAUUCCGAUUCGACAUACGAAGUAGCGACGGAUACAGUUACUUUACCAAUAGCUACCCUACCAACAGCGUAUGCGGUAACCCCCACAACGAGUGGUAACUACACCAGUUCCACCUUAUCCAACGUGGGAGGCUUUUUGAAUUUAUCCGAAUCGUCAGUUAGUCUUUUAGUUCCGGAAGGAGCCCUAUCCAGAACAAGAAAACAAGAAUUAUUUCUAUCGAUACUCAACGAAGAUUGUUUCAGGCCUAAAUUAGCCGAAGGCUUAACUCAAUUGAGUCCUGUAGUAUCUUGCGGACCGAAUAUUUCUUUAAACAAAGCCGUCGUAUUAAAAGUACCUCACUGCGCCGAGAUAACAAGAAAUAACUGGCAGAUAUCUAUACUACAAAGUGAUUGCAGCGACUCCCAAUGGCAAAACGCGGCAACUUUAGGUCAAGAAACUAUAAACACGAACGUUUUCUGUCAAUUAGACAAAUCCUCUGCCUAUUUAGUGACGGAAUCUUUGGCUAGGUACGUCAUAGUAGGUAGAUCAGCUAAUGGAGCUGCGAUAAAAAGACUGAAGCUAGCCGUAUUCGGACCGAAACUUUGUUUCCAAUCCUCUGGAGAUUAUAGUAUAAGAGUUUACGUUUUAGAAGAUACCGAUUCAUCAAUGGAGACCGUUUUUGGUCAAGAGAAACGACUCGGCGGAUAUCUCCUCGACGAACCGAGAUCGAUUACCUUCCAAGACGGCGGAAGCAACCUCUGUUUAUCCGUGGAUAAUGUUAGCGACGGUUGGGGGGCGAAACCUUCAACUAAUUACCAAGAAAUACCUUUCAAACAUCUAUGGCAGGCUAACAGUAACAGUUUGCACUGUUCUUUCACCCUGGAAAACUACGAACUCAGCAGAUUGUUGAACUUCAAGCUACGCGUCAAUCAAAAAGGAUUCGACUACAUCCAAGUGUUUGAUAUCCACUGCAAAGACGACGGCAUAGAAUUAGCCGAAAAAACGAGUUCAGGUAAAUUCAACCACAACGAAUUUGUGCCAAAAACGUGCGAAACCACGAAAUCUAACGACAGCAGAAAAGGCGUAGAAUACGCGAAAAGUGCCAAAAGACUCGAUACUAAAAAUAUGAUCGUAACCGAUAGAGGUGUUUCAACUUGCGACGACUUCAACUUUAGGUUAUCCAAAACGCUUAGAAAACAAUUAUGUCAAUGCCUCGAUCCGCCCACGCCACGCGGUAACGAUUGGAGAAUGCUGGCGCACGCUCUUAAAGUCGAUAGGUACAUCAAUUUCUUCGCCACCAAACCAUCACCGACAGAUUGCAUAUUAGAUCUGUGGGAAGCCAGACAUAGAAGCAGCAACGCUCUAACCGAACUCAAACAGAUAUUCAACGAAAUGGAGAGGUUCGACGCCGUUAACGUUUUAGAUAAUUCUCUGGGGCCUAAUUGGUUGUAAUUUUUUUUCUUCUAUCAAUUGUAUAUAUGGUAUUCUUUUCGAAUUGAAAUGGCAGAUUGUGUAUCGGUGAAAACAAUUUAUAAAUAUCUCGAAAUAGAUAAAUAAUAUUUAUUAUUUUACAAAAAAAUUACAGCUCUUAGGGAAAAAUCACAUGAGACCUUUUUUGUAGAAAAUGUCUUAAACUACAUUUUUUAUUCCUUCACGUUUUUCGAAAUUUUGCACAGAUUUCGAGUUAUUUGCAAAAUUCGGAAUAUUCAAAAUUUAGUAAGAUGCGACCCCGAAGCUGGAGCUCAUUUUACAAAAAAAUAACAGCUCUUACAGGAAAAUCACAAGGAACCUUUUUUGUAGAAAAUAUCUUAAACUACAUUUUUGUUUGUCCACUUUCUCCAAAAUUUUGCACAGAUUUCGAGUUAUUUGCAAAAAUCGGAAAAUUGAAAAUUCAGUUAAGAUACGACCCCAAAGUUUGAGCGGAUUUUACAAAAAAAUUACAGCUCUUAGGGAAAAAUCACAUGAGACCUUUUUUGCAUAAAAUAUCUUAAACUACAUUUUUUAUCCCUUCACGUUUUUCGAAAUUUUGCACAGAUGUCGAGUUAUUUGCAAAAUUCGGAAAAUUGAAAAUUCAGUUAAGAUACGACCCCAAAGUUUGAGCGGAUUUUACAAAAAAACUACAGCUCUAAGGGAAAAAUCACAAGAGACCUUUUUUGUAGAAAAUGUCUUAAACUACAUUUUUUAUCCCUUCACGUUUUUCGAAAUUUUGCACAGAUGUCGAGUUAUUUGCAAAAAUCGGAAAAUUGAAAAUUCAGUUAAGAUACGACCCCAAAGUUUGAGCGGAUUUUACAAAAAAAUUACAGCUCUUAGGGAAAAAUCACAUGAGACCUUUUUUGCAUAAAAUAUCUUAAACUACAUUUUUUAUCCCUUCACGUUUUUCGAAAUUUUGCACAGAUGUCGAGUUAUUUGCAAAAUUCGGAAAAUUGAAAAUUCAGUUAAGAUACGACCCCAAAGUUUGAGCGGAUUUUACAAAAAAACUACAGCUCUAAGGGAAAAAUCACAAGAGACCUUUUUUGUAUAAAAUAUAUUAAACUACAUUUUUUAUCCCUUCACGUUUUUCGAAAUUUUGCACAGAUGUCGAGUUAUUUGCAAAAUUCGGAAAAUUGAAAAUUCAGUUAAGAUACGACCCCAAAGUUUGAGCGGAUUUUACAAAAAAAUUACAGCUCUAAGGGAAAAAUCACAUGAGACCUUUUUUGUAGAAAAUGUCUUAAACUACAUUUUUUAUCCCUUCACGUUUUUCGAAAUUUUGCACAGAUUUCGAGUUAUUUGCAAAAUUCAGAAUAUUCAAAAUUUAGUAAGAUGCGACCCCGAAGCUGGAGCUCAUUUUACAAAAAAAUAACAGCUAUUACAGGAAAAUCACAAGAGACCUUUUUUGUAUAAAAUAUAUUAAACUAUAUUUUUUAUCCCUUCACGUUUUUCGAAAUUUUGCACAGAUGUCGAGUUAUUUGCAAAAUUCGGAAAAUUGAAAAUUCAGUUAAGAUACGACCCCAAAGUUUGAGCGGAUUUUACAAAAAAAUUACAGCUCUAAGGGAAAAAUCACAUGAGACCUUUUUUGUAGAAAAUGUCUUAAACUACAUUUUUUAUCCCUUCACGUUUUUCGAAAUUUUGCACAGAUUUCGAGUUAUUUGCAAAAUUCAGAAUAUUCAAAAUUUAGUAAGAUACGACCCCGAAGCUGGAGCUCAUUUUACAAAAAAAUAACAGCUCUUAGGGAAAAAUCACAAGAGACCUUUUUUACAUAAAAUAUCUUAAACUACAUUUUUAUCCCUUCACGUUUUUCGAAAUUUUGCACAGAUGUCGAGUUAUUUGCAAAAUUCGGAAAAUUGAAAAUUCAGUUAAGAUGCGACCCCAAAGUUUGAGCGGAUUUUACAAAAAAAUGACAGCUCUUAGAGGAAAAUCACAAGGAACCUUUUUUGUAUAAAAUAUUUUAAACUACAUUUUUUAUCCCUUCACGUUUUUCGAAAUUUUGCACAGAUGUCGAGUUAUUUGCAAAAUUUCGAAUAUUGAAAAUUUAGUAAGACGCGAACCCAAAGUUUGAGCACAUUUUACAAAGAAACGACAGCUCUUAGGGAAAAAUUACAAGAGACCUUUUUUGUAGAAUAUAUCUUAAACUACAUUUUUUAUCUCUUUCCGUUUUUCGAAAUUUUGCAUAGAUUUAGAGUUAUUUGCAAAAUUCGGAAUAUUGGAAAUUUAAUAAGAUGCGACCCCGAAGUUUGACCGCAUUUUACAAAAAAAUUACAGUUCUAGUAUAAAUGAUUAUAGAUGAUCGAAAAGGCGCUUAUUUCUAGUGAAAUUCACGUAACGGGUUAAUUUUAGGAAGUAUUUUUCUAAAUUUUAUUAGUCGUACACAUUUUCUAAAACAGAAACGUCAAAUUGACAACUACUUCAACUUCAACAACAAAUACUUUUCUUUUGACUUAUACCUGUAUAUAUUUGAUCGAUUUUUUACUAGAAUCUUCGCAAUUUAUUGAUUCCUAGACCAUAUUCUUUCACCAAUAUCUUUCUAGAAAGUUUUCUUUUGAAAUCAAUUUAUUAUAACAUAUUUCAAACUAUAUGUAGAUCAAAUAGUUCUGCAUAUGUCUAAAUCAUUAAAAAUCCGUAAAACUCAACCACCAUUUCCAAGCCUGCGCGUUUCAAUUUCUGGUUCUUCGAGCCUUAGGUUCAUAUACGGCUCGAAGGACCAGAUUUGUAACUGUGAAUACGGAGUAGUAGGUUAGAUUAGGUUGUUUUAAACUGGUUCUAGAUCACUCGAGAACCUGACUUAACCAUCCUUGUAUAGUUUAUUUUUAAGCAGUUUCAACUCAAUUUAGUGUGUCGUCUUCAAAGCAGAUCGUUUCUGGAUUCUUUAUCGCCUUGGAUAUUUUGCAUUGACUUCCGUUUCACCAUAUAUCGUCUAUGUACGAAACCAAGGGGGUGUUUCGAUAUAAUUCUAUGUGCAGCAGCAUUUGGAUUGCUUCUAGAGCUGCUUACGGAUUUGUGAAUCCCCGGUGCAACUAUCCCCUGCACUUUCUUUAAAUUAUCACCUGUAUACGAUAUCUAUGUAAGGAUUUACUUUCUCAAAUUAUUUAUAAACGUGUAUAAUUGAACAAACUGCCAUUUUUGUUUGUGAAAUCUUCAUUUCUGGCAGGUGUGUGUCUUGUGGAAUUGCAAGACUUCUAAUACCUGUUGUAAAAUAUUUUAAAAAAUUAUUAACGAUGCUAGCGAAUUUAUAUGUAAUGUAAGUAAAUAAAAUUCCAAAAUAAUUCCAAAACAAUGACUUAUAUUACAAAUGGGGAUGAAAGGAAAGUAAUUUAUUAGUUAUAAUUGGCGCGGUCAGUAGGAAUACCCAAAAAUAGUGAAAUUUACUUCAAAAAAAGCGACAAAAUGUAUUAAAUAAAUGUUUUUAAUGAAAUAAAACUGUUUCAGGCAAUAAAGUAACAUACAGGUGGCAGUUGUAUGUAAAAAUAUAAAAUUAUUUUGGAAUUUUUUCGCUAUCUUCGAAUUAUGCUUUAAUUUAAUUUAAAAAAAAUAAUUUCUCGAAUUUAUAUUUAUGUAAAAAUGAAUUUUAUAUUGUAUGUUGUUAGAUUGUGAAGUAACAAAUAUAUAGUUUGACAAAAAAAAUUCGAAUUGGACCAAGUUCCAGAGUUAUUGUGCAAUUUGUUACAGGGUGUUCCAGAUUAUUCCAUAAUUUAAGUUGACCGAGGUAUUUUGAUAUUCAAAAAUAUUAUUAACCGAAUUUAUGUAGCACUGGAUGAACGUUAAUAAGUUGGUUCGCCCUGUAGAUAUUAUGCUUCAUUUUUUCCACCCCUUAAAGAAAAAAUGGAGAUUUUUUUAGAACGAAUACUUGUAUUCUGUUGACAAUAUUUAUUCACUUGUUAUAAAAAGUGCACUACAGCAUUAAAAAAAAAAGUAGUAGACAUUACGAAAACUGAAUAUGAAAAAAAAAUAAUUGCAAAAUAUUUCUGAAAUACCUAUCGAUACAGAAUGUUUUAUAAUUGAAUUAUUUUUGCAUAUUUUACAGCUUUUCAUUAUUUUUAGCUUCCCAAAUUAUUUUUUCGAAGCUUAUUUUAUCAACUGCAUCUUUAAUUCCAAUAAAAGAAUGGAAAAAUUUGAGGAGGAUUAUACAGUGGUAAAUAAUGGCUUCCCCGCACAUUUAUUGCAAAGUACAUAUAACGAAAAGUAGUUUCAAGCUCAUUUUAUGCAAAAACAAGUCCAAUAUUUAUAAGAACUUUGUAGUUUUUAUAGAAAAAAUAGAGUACAUAACUCGUUAGAAACAAACUUUCCAACUUUGGCGUGUUGUUUUGUGUACGAAAUGUUUGGUGAACGAAUGACGAUUUAGAAUGACUUUUUUACUAUUUUUCUUUCUUUAAAAACCAAAGAGUGACAAAAAUAUACAGAAAACACAAAGUGACAUUGAAAAUAGAACGCCCAGUAUCAAUUAAUCGAUUGAAAUUGGAGAAAUAUCCAACUGUAGAGAAACAAAAAACAGAAAAAUUGAUAAUGCGUUCUUAGAUAUAUGAUCCCAGGUGACUUGUACCUCAUAUUGAACUACCUCUAGAGUGUAGGCCAUCUAGUAACCUAACCUAACCUAACCUAGGUGAAAAAUCUAUGGAAACGAAUACCACAAAUUUAUUUGAUUGUCUUCAAAAUGACUCAACGUAGUCGUGUCCGAAUAUAAAACAAAACAUGUAACUCCACGACCUCUUAUCUUGUUAACUGUAGUGAAAUUUCUCUAUUUAAAAGCUCCAGUUCACCCAUUUUGUGCACCAAGCCAAUCGAUCAUAGAUAAUAGGAAAAUCCGAGGUAAAUCAAAAAUUUCUGAUCCAACUAUGAGCCAUUUGCAGCAAGUGAUCUGAAUUGUUAAUAAUAUUGUUAAUAAUAAUUUGAUAUAAACGGGGUCGUAGGAACAAUAUAGUAUUAUACUCGUUGAAAACAUUUUUUUGACACCAAUGCUUCGUCACUCAUGUACUAAUACUAAGAGAUGCAAUAACUAACAAACUGCUGUUAUAAAAAUUAAUUCAAUGUAUUUUUCACCAUACCUCGUAUAUAUUUACACAUUCUAAUGGACAAAAUAGACAAAUCACAUAUUUGAUUGUUACUUUCAAUUAUAUUAGUGUUUUUUGUCGCUUUUUUCAUUUCAAUAACGAGUUUGGUACUUUUCCUUUUGCACGAUUUCUUUUCAAUCCUCAUCAAUUUUUCUGUGUGACUGCCAGUUAGAAAUCGUAUGCUAAUUAGCCUAGUGACACACUAGUAAUCGAGAUACCUGAUAAUUUAAUGAAAUUGUAACAAGGAAAAGUAGAAUUUUUAUACAAAAGAAAAUCAAAAGUAGUUUUUUAGAUAUUUUAGAAAUGGUUUGUACAAAAUAAAACGGAUAAUAUUCAUUGUAAACUAGAUGCAGUUCUAAACGUUGACAUAUAUAAUGUGUAAUCUAGAAAUUAUAUAUAAUGAUGAUGUAUAUAAAGUCAAUAUAUUGACAAUUUUUUA